CCAAAGUCAGCUGACUUAUCUGGUGACUGUUGACAUCGAUCUUACCGAGACCAGAAAAAAACUUAACAGUAACUUCUAAAAGAUCAAAUGACGGUCGUAUAACGUUUAUUUUAUUUGAAACGAUCCUCUGGCAUCUCUGGUAAACGAAACCUGACAAGCUUUUAUUAUUGAAAUGGCUUCUUUGCUUUUCUGCGGUCCUAAACUGGCAGCAUGUGGACUGGUCCUGAGUAUUUGGGGUGUCAUUAUGCUGGCAAUGCUGGGGAUUUUUUUCACCACACAUUCAGCUGUGCUCAUAGAGGAUGUGCCUUUCACAGAGGAAGACAUCCAAAACCUGGAUACGCCACUGCAAAACAUCUAUAAACUGUACAACCAAGUUGGAUAUAAUUGCUUCAUUGCAGCAGUAAUCUACGUUGGUUUAGGAUUCCUAUCAUUUUGUCAGGUUCGCCUGAACAAGCGCAAGGAAUAUCUGGUGCAUUAGUACCAGUUUAACUCUACCUCUAAAUUCUCUAAUGUUGCAUUUGCCUUAAAAUAAAGCUUAAAUAUGUGGGUAUUUAAGAUGGAAUAAGAUUAUGUAUUUUACUGUGCUUUUCUUUCUUGCCUUUCUAUCUUGAAGCCUGUCA